CUCGUGACGUCACCGAGAGCCGGGAGAAGCAGGUGGAGGACGGGACGCUGCUCUCUAACCUGCUCCAUUCUGCUGUCUAACCCGUCCCCCAGUCCGCUGCUGCCCACCAGCCCCCAGGCCGUCGGACGGGGACCGUGUAGCUUCGUGUCCGAGGCGGGAGCCGGGCAAGAACCGGUGUGACGUGAUGUGGGCGGAGGAGUGAAGCCGGCAGCAGUCCCAGUGCAACGUUGGUAGAUAAAGUGGGAGGCCAAGCCAGGAUGCUGGAGGGCAAUGCAGAGCCGGCAAGUGCAGUCUCCGAGGGAGAAGGGGAAGCAGCCAUGGGAAGCAGAGAUCUGAAGGCUCAGGUCACACGGCUGACUCUGGAGCUGCAGGAGGCUACGGAGGAAAAGCUCCAGGCAGCCCGCUAUGGCCUGGUGGUGCUUGAGGAAAGCGCUACCCUCAAGGUGAAACACAGGCAGCUGGAAGAAGAAUACGAAACCCUGAAAGUGGAACUCCAGCAGCUCAAAGAGGCUUUUGCAGACUCUGUGAGCAGCCAGAAGCGUGCAGCUGCGGAUGGAGAGUGCCGGGAGGAGAGCCUGCUGCAGGAGACCGCUAGUAAGGAGGCUGCCAUGGCAACCCGCAUAGAGGAAGUUCAGCUGGAUCUCAAACAAGCACGUCUUGCUCUGAGCAAUGCUCAUGCAGAGAUCGAUAGGCUGGGGGUGCUCUCCACCCAGCUAAAGAAGGAGUGUGAGUGUCUGGAGGCAGAGAAGGGCCAUCUGAGGGAUGAAAUGAAGGAAUACAAAGUCCGUGAGCUGCGCCAGUUGCAGGACAGUAGUGAACUGGAAGAAGAGAACAUUUCUUUGCAAAAACAGGUGUCUGUGCUCAAGGAAAACCAGGUUGAGUUUGAAUCAAUAAAGCUGGAGCUGACCCAAAAGAACGAGGAGCAGGAGGAUCUGCGGGCUCAGCUGGACGAGGCGGCGCGGCUGAGGGAGAUUGCAGAGCGGCAGCUGGAUGAGGCCCUUGAAGCCCUGAAGGAGGAGAGGGAGCAGAAGAACAGUCUGCGUCGAGAGCUCUCUGCCUUGACCCUUAACCCCUUUGAUUCUGUGGGGAACCUGGAGCUCCACUUGGAGCAGCUGGAUGACAGCCAGGACGAGGGUCAGGGUGGAGAGGGUGAGGAGGAGAACCAGGACAGCGGUUACACCAAUGAUCCUGGAUCUGCUCCCGGCUCUGCCGACCCUCCUCGCUUAGGUGGCUCCAAAAGCAACGGCCUCAUCCAACGCUACUCCACUCCGCGCAACAGCGACGCGUUCCUGCGGGCUCCGGCCUCAGGGCUGGUGUCAGAUCUGCUCAGCGAGCUGCACUUUUCAGACAGUCAGAAACUAAAACAACAACUCCUCCAGGCAGAGAGAGAGAAAUCCAGCCUGGUUGGCAAGGUGGAGGAGCUGCAAAUGCAGCUAGUAAUGUCGAAACAAGCACUGAAUCAGCAAGAAGAAAAGGUCGGCUCUCUCACGCAACAGCUGGAAGCCGUGCAGUAUAGUCAGCAAAACCAGGAAUCGGAAGACAAGGGAGAUAACGAGAUCGAAGAUGGCAAUGCAGUGUUCGACUAUGAGGUAGACACCAAGAGCAAGGAGGUGUUGGAAGCACGGAUGCGAGCGGCCAGCGAGGAGCUCCUGAAGCUGCGAGAUGAGCUGUCUCAGGCAGGAACUCGUUACAACACUCUAGAGCAGAGACACAAGCAGGAGAAGGACCGUUGGAGAGCCGAGGCCCAGGACCUGGCCGACAAGAUCCGCCAGUGCAUCAAAUCCAGCAAGCAAGACCAGGAGCGCAUCGGCGAGCUGGAGAAAGAGAUCGGAGCCACACGGAAAGUGGCCACCGACUCCGAAGGGCAUUUGAGCGUCGCACAGGAAGAGCUGCUGGCCUUCUCCGAGGAGCUGUCCAACCUUUACCACCACAUCUGCGUGUGCAACAACCUAACACCCAAACGCGUCACCUUGGAUUAUUACCGCGACGGCGCCCGGGCCAGCGGCGGGGCAGCCGGCGCGCGGAGGCCACACCACGUCUUUCCUCCCAACGCCCAGAAGAAACCUCGAGCCAACGAGAUGUUCAUCUCCAAAGCAGCAGCACUGCAGUUCAUGGGAGAGGUGGACAGCGGCGGGACCAGCGGAGACUCUCCUUCCUGUCCGGGAUCCCCCACCCUAGAUUUCAGGGACCCUUCCAAUGUUCGGAACUUGGUAUCUGUCAUUCGCUGCCAGAUCAAACACCUCCGGGUUGCUGUGGAUCUCUGUCGUCAAAGGGGUGCGAUGCCUUACUCGGUGCUCAGCAACAGUGAGGAGUCAGAACGUGAUGCCGAGAGCCUCAUGGAGGAGGUUCUGAAACUUAAAUCUCUUCUCAGCACCAAGAAAGAGCAGAUCGCUACGCUCAGGACGGUUCUCAAGGCGAACAAACAGACUGCAGAGUUGGCCUUGUCUAAUUUAAAAACCAAAUAUGAGACGGAGAAGAGCAUGGUGUCGGAGACCAUGAUGAAGCUGCGUAAUGAGCUGAAAGCCCUGAAGGAGGACGCCGCCACUUUCUCUUCACUCCGAGUCAUGUUUGCCAGUCGGUGCGACCAGUAUGUCACCCAGCUGGACGAGAUGCAGAGGCAGCUCGCAGCUGCAGAGGAUGAGAAGAAGACCCUCAACUCCCUACUGCGCAUGGCCAUCCAGCAGAAACUGGCUCUGACUCAGCGUCUGGAGGACCUGGAGGCCCCUCUGUCUCCCCACAGCCUGAACAGUAGCCCCCGCCGCUCCAGGGCCAAAGAGCUGGCCACCAAGUCCGGCCGGUCGUCCCGGAGUCCCCGGAGCAGUCCUGCUCGCCCCCCUGUGAGGAGCAGCCCGCGGGCCAGCCCCGUUCCCACCCUGGCCACCCACCACUUGCGAGCUCUCACCCGAAGUCUCAACACCAGCCCACGCUGAAACGCGUGUACCAUCACUCCAAAACCCCUGUUCUCCAUAAGGACCCACCUACAUGUUGACUCCCCGGCUCCCUCCUCCUUCCCUGACUAGACACAUCCUGUCUAUCCCAGAUACGACGCUACAUUCCCCUCUCAAGCCACCAAAAACCGUGGACUGAAAGACGAGUAAAACGCUCAUCCCACCUUCUCGGUCUUCUCUGAUUGGAGUGGAGAGACCUGCAUGCAGCCUGGAGAAGGAUGAAGAGACUAAUACGUCGCUCAUAUCGCUGUGUCAUUGACUCUGUGUCGUCUAAAGUGGUUCCUACUUCCCUCUGGUCCUGAUCAAGACUGUGUGUUGUGGUGAAUCCUCAACAGUUUUUGUUUCCCAGGAUGAGACUCUCUCAUCAGCAGCAUUUACUUUCCUCUGACUGAAGGCUACAAUCUGUUGUCUGAAGGCUGAUCGUCUUCACUCUGCCUUUUGAACCGGCAUUCUGAUCAGACCACGUUCAUUAACCACGAGGUCCCCUGUGAUAGCGCUACCUGCUUGUCUUUUGUUAAACGACACAGCCUUACCUACAGAAUCACUGUCUUUAAAGCUUGCUGUUGUUGUGACCUUCCUUCCUGUUACUUGAUGCUGCAGUUACCCGCCCUCGUUCUUUAUCCUGACAUUUUCUGGGUCUUAGACUUCGGCCUGUCAGCUGCAGCCUUUAACCAGAGGUCAGUAAACAUGGCAUUUCACAUGGGAGUUGAGCAGCCAUAGGUUCACCACCUCAGGUCAAACCACAAGUAUUCAGUUAGAGUAUUUGGGAAAUCUUAAAUGCCAGUCUUACUUUGUAAACUAUGCAGACCAAGCCAGGGCAGUGCCUGUCAACUUGCUUCUGUAGACUGAGGUGUGUUUUUCUGGACUUAUCUUCUUUCAUUUAACAGUACCGUAUUGGCCCGAAUAUAAGACGACCCUGAUUAUAAGACGACCCCCUCUUUUUCAAGACUCAAGUUUGAAAAAAUACUUUUUUGUGUGCAGAUAAGGUUAAAAAAAAAAAGAAGACUUUUUGAACAUCAAAUUCAAUUUUCAUACAGAAAAUAAUUACAGAACAUCUGAAACAAAUCAGUAUAACAAUAUAUUCAAGAGAAAAAGCAUGUUAUUUUGCCUCAUUCAAAUCAUCAUCUUGAAGUUUGCAUCAUAACUUCUCAGCUGCAGGUUAACCUGCCGAUCUUCCACCCACUUUUCUCGUUUCUCCAUUUUCUGUUAUUUUCUUUUUUCUUUCUUAGCGCUAUUUUUUAUUUUUCUUCUUCGUGACGGGUUCACUUUGGCCUGGGGAGUUAAGUUCAGCAUUCACUUUAAAGAUAUCUGGCGCCAUCUAGCGUUGUGAAUGGGUAUAACGUCUAGACCCCAAAUGUAAGACGACCCCUACUUUUUCAGUCUUAUUUCAAUGCAAAAAAAAAGUCUUAUAUUCGGGCCAAUACGGUAACCAUUUUCCAUAUUUAUAGUAAGCAGCUUUUGGAAGUUCUUUCAGAGUUCAAAGUGUAACUACACCAUUGACUAAUGUUGGUUUCUUCUUACGGAGUCGGGGGUUUAAGAGGCACUUUGACCCUGGAAGUGAUACUAACACGUUCCACGCUCAUUUCUCUGGAUAACAGCGUCUGCUUUUUCAUACCAUUUUCAAAUAUUCAACCAAACAUAUAUGUGCUACUAAAAUGUGCUUUUUGUAAUGAAGUACUGUCAGUCACAGUUGGUGGGACCAGAUCAUUCAUUCAUGCCAAGAGUGCAAGACGCUGCUACGGUCGCUGCUUGUGGAGAAACUAAAACAUCACGUCUCCUCCUUUUAAACAGCGUUACACUCUAUUAUGCAUCUGCUAGUAUAUUAUGACUUCAGUCUGAGACAAAAAUCAUUAAAAAUACUCAAAUGUGGCAAUAGUUUGCUAGUCAGAGCACACAAGUAGAAGUCCAUCACUAUAAAGGAAAUAAGCACUCAACUAUCUGCGGAUCUGUUUGAGCUCCUUCAUGCAUCGCUGAAAGUAGCUUGUGAUUUGAGGCUAGUUUGGAGUUAAAAUUACUCUGAAAUCCACCAAAUGAUCAUGAUUAUGGCUGUUUUUAGAUUACCCCCUCCCCCCAAAAAAUAAUAAUAAUAAUAAACCAGUUAUUGUCAAUUUUAAGGUCAACUCAACUUCAAGAAACUAAAUCCUGCAGAUUUAUCUUUGUCUUCCCUUCUUUUGGUGCCUUGACUUGAGUUAUUUUAUUUCUCGCGACAGCUUAAAAGUAUUUUUUUUCUUUAACGUAUGUUUUAUUUCCUCUUUAUGAGAAUCAUUAUGCAGUAUUGGCACUAUUGAAGUCAUAUCACAUUUUGGUAAAAUAUUUUCACUUUUUAGCCAGGAGGUCAUUAAAUAAUCAUGAAACAUGAAUUAACUUCCACAUGAAGGGACUUGAUCUAUAUUUAUUGUUAGAAAAAUAAUGAAAAACCUGUAACUUUGAUGAAAACCACAGCUGCUGUUGGGGUACAGUAACGUUUUAAACUGCGCCACAAUGCUGUACCGAAUUCUGAUGAAAAGUGAAAAUGCUUUAACAUCAAGUAAUAUUACAAUGAAGGAUGUAAAUGGAUUUCUUAAUCUAUUUAAUUUGACUCUGUGCAGAUGUGUGUAUAAUUUUAAUUACCGCUGUUGUAUAAUAAUUUAAUUUUUAUUUAUGUGAUCUGCAUUUGAUGUAAAUUAAUCUAGAAGACGUCACGCACACACUUCUCUUAGCCUGUUUGCUGGCCCCUGAACGUUUUAUGUGUCUGCAAGUUCACCUUCAUUGUUUCAUCAUGAAAAAUAAAAAGCCAACACUCUGGUCAUGCUCUC